AUGUUUCAUUCCUCAGGUAGGUCUGGCGAUAACUAUUGUGGGACAAAUUCUAUGCAUAUGAACCAGCUGUUCUGUCGCCAUCAUCUCAAUCCCAGUAUCCUACUCAGUAUGGCUCAAUCACAGUGGAUUCCCACCCGUUUGAGCUCACCGUCCUGUGUGCUCAGUGCAUAUGACUUUCAGGACGAUUUUUAUAUUAAUACGCUUUCUUGGGGACGUGAACGAAUUGCCUUGGCACUUCGUCAAGAUCUUCUUUUUUUUCAUCCAGCCUCGCCUCGCCAAAAGUCGGCUACCACAUGCGUCUCGGACAUGGACUCUAUGAAAGGAAAUGACCACAACGAUGAGUCUGGAAGCCCUAGCAACUUUUCUAGCAGGCAACCAACGGCCGUAGCGGUGACUCGAUACAACGAUGAAACUUGCUUCUUAGGCCUUUCUGGUGGUGGGUUGGAGCUCUUUCAAUGCACGGAACAUGGUGACCUUGUCCGUACUAAUGUUUUUACAAUGCCGCCGUCGCCGUAUGAGACCCUCACGGCUGGUUUGGGGGAGCAUUUGUUUCCAAGCAAGAGUACCCCUUCAUUGCCAAAAGGGCUUCUAUUGUCAAGAGCGAGCAAAGCGUUAUCGCUUUCCAUGUCGUCCGUUUCUAGCAUAUCUGGAGUUGCCACUUCUGCCACCCACCCAUGGCUCGGGGUGGUGGCCACGGCAGGUGGUGAAUUGCUUAGCGUGGAUGCGCGGUCUACGAAACCGUGCAUGGUGUUUGGGGGUAAUUCCCACAUUUCCAGGACUCUCUCGGCCACCAGCGAAGCUCCCUUUCACUUUUCUCAUGCACGCUGCAGUUAUAGCCUGUGUGGUGAUCCCGAUGACCCGAAUGCCAGAGAGGCUUCCCCUUUUUCCCCCACGGACGAUCCUUCCUCGUGUGGGAAUGCACUAAAGCGUGUGAAGUGGGUAUCAGACUAUCUUAAACAACAUGAUCGUCUUUGCAGUGUAGCUUUGAACGGGAAUGGUUCAUUAAUUGCCACGGGUAGUGAUAUGGGCAUCGUGAAGCUUUGGUCCUUGCAAAACCCUCGUUCGCCUGUGCAGGUGAUAUCGUCUGACAAUCAACGCACGAUAAAGGCACUUUCUUUUCAUCCACACAACCCGUACGAGUUGCUUAUCGGUGGAUGUGCCGGUAAUUCUGGACUUCGUGUGUACAAUGUGUUAACAACGGACCCCCAGCUGAUGUGGUCUGCCAACAUCGCUGCUCAGACCACGCAAGCGCAGUACUCGCCGGAUGGGGGAUAUAUCUUGACCGCACAUGGUAUCAGCGCGAAUUUGUCUACCAUGUCUGAAAUGAUGACUGAGGGAACAAGCGAUCAAGGUGAAACCCCAUCCACUGUGGUUCACAGAUAUCGCGGACCACAACUUCGAUACAACUUUGCGGACGACAGCAUGGACGAGGAUUCGGAAGUAUGUGAUGGUAAUACAGGAAAACCCGGCGGAGGUGGAGGAGGGAUAGGGUGGACGGGUACCACGCCUCGUACUGUUGUGGUGACGCGUCAAGAAACACCACCGUCCUAUUCUUUAGUGGUCUGGCGCAAGCCCAAGCGUGAUUCCAUUAGGUUUCGUCCAUACGAUUUGCUUUCUCAAAGCGAACGCGUUUUUCGUCGCACCAGUUCACCAAGGAGCCAACAUCAUAGACAUUUUCGUUCGUGUCGAAAACCGGCCGCGACGACGUUGGCUUUACACCUUCAGUAUACCAUGGCGGGGCAUCGGGCGCGUCCGCUCUUAGCUUGCCCUUUUUUACGCUCAAGCUAUGAUGGCUACGUGGCCUCUGUCGCCGGCGGGGUCGACAGCAAUAUUCGAUUUUGGCGUGUCUUUCAGAAGACUAGCUGCGCGGGAGGCCUCUACGGGUCCAUGGAGGAUACCUCUUCCUCCUUGCUGCAUUCAAGUAUGAACGGUGACCAUCAGGAAGAUCUUCAGGAGUUGCGAUAG